AAGAGAAUGCAAAAUCUUUGGUCAUUGUAAAUGAUAACAUUGAAAUAAAAUCCAGUUGUCCUUCCAAUCAAGUUACUCUUUCAGCAGAAGAUAAGGUUGCUGAAAACAAGUGCCUUGAAGAAUUAUCAAAUACAGAAGAGUUUAUUUGCCUUGAUAAAAACUCCAAGAUGAGUAAUUUAGAUAACAAACCCCAAUCGACUCUUACAGAAGAAAAUGGAAAAGUUGACAUGGAUUACAUAAUGAAACCAGAAGAUGAAAGUGCUGGCAAAAAAUUGGCUGUUGAUAUAAGUGAAAAUAUUAAAACAAGUUUUGCAUCCAUUGAUAUUAAUAAAAAGAUGUCUGUCCUGUCAAAUCAUUCUGAAAAUAGCAAAAUUGAAGAUUGUUUUACAAACAAUAUGGAAAUUGAUCUUGAUAAUCAUGACAAAGUGCCAGAAAGUACUGAAGAAUCAUCUACAAGUGAUAGCAACUCAAAUUUGUCAGAACUUAUGUCAGCAUCAUUAGAAACUGAUUCAGCGACAAGAACAAUGACAAUUUCUGAACCCAAAGAUGAAAGCUUGACUAAAACUGGAGACAUUCCUAAGAAUAGCAUGGUAGAUGAAGAAAUUAUAAAUUGCACAGAAGUUACUGUGAAUGAAAGGAAUACUUGUUCUCCAGCUCAGUGUAGUAGUUUUACAGCAUCUUUUAAUUUAGAGACAGGAAAUCAAAUAGGGGAAUCUAAUCAAAGUAAGCUCAUAAGGAAAUCGAGUAUUGAAGGAAGUACAGAAGAGAGACCUUCAAAGGAAUUACUCAGUGCCUUAGGACUACAAUCACUCCAUAGUGUUGAAGAAAAAACCCAAGCGGCCUAAUGAUAAUUAUACGGGUACUUUGAAAGCUGUUAUUAAAUUAAACCGCUCUGACAAGAAGUCUGGUGGACGCAAAAUGAUUUUCAAAGCAAGGUGACAAGUUAUCAGAAAAUUCAGGAGGCAGUGGAGAUAGACUGGAGUACAGGAUAUGUAGUACAGAGGAAUUGUCCACUGAGGGGAUACCGUUAACACAUCUGUCUGAUAUCCCUGCCCACAGGAAAACUCAGAUGAAAGUUAAAAGUCAGUUUGGUAAGUGUAUUCUUGCAAUGUCUCAUUAAUUUCCUAUCUUAAU